GUCCUCACCGUGCUUGACCAGCACUCGUAAUUGAGGCCGCCAUCUUUCGCCGUACUAGCGGUUCUUCGGAUCUAUAUCAAUUAGCUUUUAUGCGCACCCUGAGCGGAAUAUGUUCAGCAUAUAUACGUAGUGUAUCUGAGACCUGCGCGAAUUCCAUUAGUCGAAAUGGUACCGACCUUUAACCGCGAUUUGAAAUUGACCGAAGAGCGGUUAGCCAUGAUCCAACCCAGACUACGAUCGAAUAAACCGUGACCCCAUCGAAAUCUGCCGUACUGCCACCUGCAACAAAUCGCAGUUCAUCACCAGUACCACCAUUACGAUCCCCAGUAGAAAGAGCCGCAGCUCCUCCGGAGGGGAGGUCUCAGCUGAUCUGACAGUUAGUUGGAGAAAACUAAUUAGAGGUGCCACAGAGGUAUAGAGCCCAACGUAAACUGACGACGACGACAACAGCAGCAGCGGCACAACAACAACAGGGACAUCAAUAUGAUGGAAGGUGGCGGGAGAGGAAGUGGUAGUGGAGUCCGUAGAACGAGUGAUACUGGGGUCGGUGGAGGCGGGGUCAGUCCUCUUCGGGGACCGCCAGCUGCAGCCCCUGCAGACGCUACUCAGCUCGAAUUUCACCAGGCUAUGAAGGACUUCCAGACGAUGUUUCCAGUUAUGGAUCCCGAUGUAAUCGAGGCAGUCCUACGCGCGAAUAAUGGGACUGUCGACGCGACAAUCGAUCAGCUAUUGGCGAUGAGCACUGAUGUUGAAAACGAACGACUGCGAAGUCAACUUGAAGCGCAGGAACCACCAGCUUCUGCGGUAGAAGGCCAAGCGAGUGCUGGCGAUGGAAACGGUGGAUCUUUGCAUCAGUCCAGGCAGCAGUCACCUGUGAGGUCUCCAGGUCUGAGCUCGCUAGACUUGGACUCGAGAAGAAGCAAACACGCGUUACGAGACCUUAAAAAUUGGAACCCGCCAUUACUUGGUCCUCUGCCAAAAUCGUUUUUGCGACUUGAUGGCGCCGGGUCAGGAAUUGCUAGCGGUGCAACAGCAUCCGGUGGUAGCGGCGAGCCGAGUCCUGGAGGUCCGGCCGAUCCGGAGCUGGCACAAUUUCUUGAAGAUGAACGCAUGGCAAUAUUCCUGCAAAAUGAAGAGUUUAUGCGUGAAUUACGGCGGAACAAAGAUUUCAUGAGUUCGCUAGACAGCGGUCAGGCUGGCGGACACAAAGGAGACGACUCGCAGGCUCACAUGCACGACGACGCAGUUUUCAGAGAAAAAUUGAAGAGUAUGGGAAAGGUGUCGAAACGUAAAUUUGCCCAAAUGGCUCGAUUGUUCCAGCGGACAGGGGCAAUGGCCACGGGGUCAAAGGGAGGAAGCAAAUUCAAACACAUUAAUCCUUUACCCUCAAGAGACAAGCUGUUGCUUGGAGACGAACCAACUUCCGACGGAGAGGAGCCGGAAACGCCAAAACUGAAAAACCCUCUGUAAACGAGCACUAGUGUCAACAGAGAUAAUUAUACGGAUCAUCGCAAUGCGUAAUAAACACAACGUAAUUACGUUUGGAAGUAUCACUUCACGUGAGGGGUAACUGCUCCAGUGAGGACGAAAAAUUGGAUCUUCCAUGAGGCGUCCAAUUUGGCAGUGAUGCGAGGUCAGAAUUAGCAGUUCAAACGAAUUGUUGCGUUGAGGUUGAAUCUAUACAGAUCAACAACUAAAUAAACGUGCAUCAUGGUGCCCAUCAGCACCAUAACACUAAGUUAGA